CUGAAGCUCCGGGCGCCGCGGCCAAUUGGCGGAUAGGAUCGCAUUCCAGGGGGCGGGUUCCGCCUGGGCCCCGCCUCUUUCUGCGUCCCUCUUCGCUCCACAUCAGGUUCCGUCGGCCGCGCGCAUGGAGGUUGAAUUAUCCUAGCUGCCAUCCUGGAUCACUCCCCCUCUACCUCGCCACUGCCCUGUUGCUCCAAAGCUGAAUUUGGGGCAAGAGGGGAGAGCCGGAGUGCUGCUGUCCUUGGAGUCUGCAGCGGCAGCAGCAAGCCUCACGGCCACGACUGUGAGCAUUGGUCGCUGCGCAGACGCCAGGAGAGCAUGACUGACGAUGCGACCAGGACCUUGGGGAAAGGGAACGCCCCCCCCAGGGCCUGUCCCAGAGGGCCUGAUCCGCCUCUACAGCAUGAGGUUCCGCCCCUACACGCGCAGGACGCGCCUGGUCCUCCUGGCCAAAGGCAUCAGACAUGAAGUUAUCAACAUUAACCUAAGAAACAAGCCUGAAUGGUACUUUACAAAGCACCCUUUUGGCCAAAUUCCUGUCCUGGAGAACAGCAAAUGUGAACUGAUCUAUGAAUCUGUCAUUGCUUGUGAGUACCUGGAUGACGCUUAUCCUGGAAGGAAGCUGUAUCCAUAUGACUAUUAGGAGCGAGCUCGCCAAAAGAUGUUAUUGGAGCUAUUCUAUAAGGUCCCACAUUUGACCAAGGAGUGUCUGGUAGCAUUGAGAUGUGGGAGAGAAUGCGCUGAUCUGAAGCUUGCCCUGCGUCAGGAGUUCUGCAACCUGGAAGAGAUUCUUGGCUAUCAGAACACCAUCUUCUUCGGUGGAGACUGUAUAUCCAUGAUCGAUUACCUCUUUUGGCCUUGGUUUGAGUGGCUGGAUGUAUAUGGAAUAGCUGACUGUGUGAACCACACCCCCGCGCUCCGGCUCUGGAUCGCAGCCAUGAAGCAGGACCCCACAGUAUGUGCUCUUCUCACAGAUAAGAACAUCUUCCUUGGCUUCUUGAAUCUCUAUUUUCAGAACAACCCCAAUGCCUUUGACUAUGGGCUAAGUUGCUGAGCCUUGCAGUCCACCCAUUCACCACCCAGAAUUCCCAAGCAUGUCGUGAUUCUGCAUCAGCACUUGUUUUGGUGGGACAGUCAAUCUCUGUUCAUUUUUUUUUUUUUUUGAGGUUCCCAAUAAACAUGGAGACAGAAUCAUUUUUGAUAAUCAUUUGUAUGGCUCCUCUAGCCCACAGCGUCCAAUGAUCCGCUAGAAAUCUCAGUGCUAGAUUGUCCAGGGACAUUUUGAGAGCCUCUGUGCCUCCCAGUUCCAAGGUUAUCGACCCAGUUUGACCUCCAGGUUGUUGGUGCUGAUGUUGCGGUUCAAGGCCGCCCCAUCACUGAUGCUUGUCACUACAGAUGGCACCCUCCACAACUUCCCGGUGAGGGAAUCUAGAGGGAAGAAAAUGCUGCAAGUCCAAAUACUCUCCAUUUGGCAAAUGAAAGCUUCCGUCCCUGUGGGUGUGCAUGAGUUUCAUUCUCCCUCAAACUCUGGCUGUGGGCCCGGGAGACACCGAGGGUCCUGUGACUGCAAGAAUUGCAAAGCAGGAAAUGAAACACCCAUUAUCACCCUGGACUACCGACGUCAGAAUAUCACCGGUGCUGUCAGGGCUCAGGAUGGUUCACAAAAUGUUCUAUAGCCAACAUCCUGCCUUAAAAAAGGACACACAGCCCCAACCCAGUCAGAGGUAAAGGUCAUUCUGUUGGAUUUGCGUCACAGACGCUUUCAAUUCAUCCCAACACAUGCCUCUGGUUGCCUGUUGUAUACCAGGCCUGGGCUGUGUGGGUGACAAAGAUGA